AUGUACUGGGAGAAGUCAUAUGCCCGAAGGCGUGCCGACCGCCUGCCGGUGCUAGUAACGGCACCGCUUCCGAAUGACAACGGGCCGCUUGGGCGACGCACGCUCUCGGGCCAUAGCCUCGACGGCACCAGCAAUGUCCUCACACGCCAUGUUCCUAUCCAGGCCGUCCAGGCCGAAAUCACUUGUCCACAGCUACUUUCCCUCUUGUACACCUCCGGCCCACCCGGCCCUGACGCUGAGAGAUUGGAUAGGCCACGCCGUCCAAAAGGGCCAGACUCGACACGGUAUGGCUCUUCGUCUCGAGCGGGAAACCACAAACGCCACCAACCCUCGACAUGGUACCUCAAGGCGUUCGUCAGUGCUCGCAUAACUUCCCCUCCCAGUGCCGUAUACACACAUGCCACUCGUCGUCCUCAGUGGGGGGUGGCAUCCGACUCCCCUCAGCGAAUGGCCGUCGAAAACAGGUUGACGCUCUGGAUCAUGACCACAAUCUAG